CUUAAGCACAAUGUUGAGUAAACAGUCCAGUUCUUGGGAAGUGAAAGAGAACCAGAGAAGACAACAACAUGAUUUGGAGAGAGGAAAUCAUUUCGUGGUUCAGUCUUCUCAGAGUUCAUUACUUAUACUGUAGAAGCACGCUCCUCCUUCACUCCUGUUACAGUGACGUCACCGAUUCACACCUGUAAAGCAGGUACAGUCGACUGUGGGCGCGCGCACAACUUUGGCGUGCAGGAUUCCGCACUUAACGCGGAAGUGUUAGCGGAGCCAGAGACUUGUUUGCGUCCUAACGCACCCGAUGGACUUGUUCCUUUGAGUCGUGGAACUGGUGGACAGCGCAAAUGUGGACGAGGCAGCAGAACCGAAGCGCACAUUUCAGUUACCGAUCGUCGCACCUUGAAUCUCCGUGAAUAUCAACUUCAUCAUGUUCUCCCAAGUAGUCGAGGAUAACGUCGACCUGGAGAUGACAAGUAGAGAAAAUAUUGAAAAUGGCAGAGAAACUCUUAUACCACUGAUGAGCUCACCUCAUCUUGCUGUGCGAUCUUUUGAUUGCAUACUAGUAGCAAAUAAAUUAGAAGAUCAAGAUGAUCCAAGAUUUAUGAAGCAGAAUGCCUAUAUCGACGAGCUUGUAUCAAAAAAUCUGGAAGUCACAAAACUCCUCCAUGAUAACAAGAUAUUUUAUGGUGUUCGUGCCCCAGAGAAAGUCUUUGAUAAGUAUAAGUACCUGCUGAAGGUGUCUGAUUCUUGUAACUGGAGUGCUGAAAAUGGAGAAUAUGUCCAAAACACCACAAGAAUCAGGGUUGCCUAUUUUAUCCUGCACCAUACAUAUAUUAGGACAGGAGAGACCCUGAGAGAUCUUUUGUCCCAAAAUGUUUUCGAGGCCUCGUUCUGCCUUCAUGAGGGAACACAGCAGGAGUAUUUAAGGAGGAAGUGGGCCAACUGGGGGGCCUUAAGAUAUCUUGUCAGCCAACCUGUUGACGAAAUCAGGGAAUACUUUGGUGAGAAGGUAGCGUUGUAUUUUCUAUGGCUUGGCUGGUAUACACGCAUGCUAAUCCCUGCUGCUGUCAUUGGAGUGGUCAUAUUCCUUUAUGGCCUGGCAUUCUUCGAAUCAAACCCUCUCAUAAAGGAAGUGUGUGAGUCCAAUGCGACAAUGUGUCCAAUAUGUGACAAAAGGUGCAAAGUGUGGCAGCUGUCAGACACCUGUUUUUAUGCUAAGUUAAGCCAUCUGUUUGACAACGAAGGCACUGUGGCCUUUGCAAUGUUUAUGGCUCUCUGGGCCACUCUGUUUCUGGAGGUGUGGAAAAGACAUCGAUCAACACAUGUCUCCAGGUGGAGGGUGUUUGACUGGUGUGAAGAUGAGGAGGAAUUAAUCCUGGAUGUUGUAAAUGACCCACAUUGUAAACCCAAGGAGUACAAACACUCAUACCUAAGGAGCAUUCUUCUUCUUCUUCUGUGCACACUGGUGCUGGUGGUAAUCAUAGGUUUAACCCAUGCUCUGGUGAUCUUCCGUGUGGUGACUGCCAUGCAACUAUCAGAGGCCGGGUGGAAGCCUCUGAAUGAUCAUGCCAACAUGAUUUCAGUGACUCUGGGAGCAGUGCUGCAUUAUGUCACUAUACAGAUUAUGACUCGGGUAAACAGAAUUGUGGCAGUCAAGCUAUGUGAUCUAGAAAUGACCCGCUCAUUUGCAGCCAAAGAGAGGAGCUUUACUGUGAAAAUGUUCACCUUCCAGUUUUUCACCCUGUUCUCGUCAUUAAUAUAUGUGGCCUUUUUUCUGGGCAGGAUUAAUGGACACCCAGGCAACUAUGUCCGAAUUGCAGGAAAAUGGAGACUAGAGGAGUGCCACCCUAGCGGUUGUCUUACUGACCUCUUCAUUCAAAUGGCCAUCAUUCUUCUUCUCAAGCAAACCAUUAACAACAUUUUUGAGUUUGUUGGGCCGUGGUUUAAGCUUAAAACGGCAACAUUGACAAAAGACCUGGAGAAGUGUGGGACCUGCAAAACUUCAACUUGCAAAGAAAACGGUCCUGGUAUUGAGCUCUGUGACGUCUGCAAUCUCCGAGAUUGGCUGCGGAACUACCAUCUAAAAACAGUCGAUGCCUACAGUUUGUUUAACGAGUUCCUAGAAAUGGUUAUCCAGUACAGUUUUACAACCAUCUUUGUAGCAGCAUUUCCCCUGGCUCCACUUCUUGCCCUUAUCAACAACAUAUUUGAAAUCAGACUGGAUGCAAUAAAAAUGCUGUGCAUGGAGCGCCGCCAAGUGCCAAAGAAAACAAAUAACAUUGGUGUAUGGAAUUUAAUUUUAGAGGCAGUUGGUGUGGCAGCAGUCAUUGCUAAUGGACUGGUCAUCGGAAUUUCAUCUGAAUUUGUUCCUCGCUUAGUUUAUCGCUACCGCUUUGGACCAUGUGUCAAUGGGACAGCCACAGACUUGCAGUGUAUGGCAGGCUACACUGACUACACACUUAUCACUGUAAACAUGUCUGAUCUAAAUGUGCGCAAUGACUUCACCGGCGAACAGAUGAUAAUGCAGAGUGGCGUACAUGCCACCCACUGCAGCUACAAAGCCUACCGCAGUGAAACUGAACAUAGCUUCACCUCAGAAUACUGGCUCAUAAUAGCAGCACGCUUUGCUUUUGUCAUCUUGUUUGAGCAUGUCUUAGUGGUGUGUAAGUUUAUUGUUGACUGGUUUGUGCCCGACACCCCCAAUGUGGUGAAGAACGGCAAACUUCAUGACAAACUGAAAAGGCUGAAACAGGAGUUACAGGAAAUGAGUGAACAAUAUGACAACAGGACAACUGAUGUUUAAUUAAGAAAUAUCUUUUAACUAAUGGAUCUCUUGAAUCAUUUGCGUAAAGUACUUUUAAGGAACGUGUGUGCACAGAAAAUGCAAAUAUGUACAUACUGCCUCAGAUAUAAAUGUUGUAAAGGUGAGAGAAAGAUUUCAGCAACGAUUUGCAUUGCGACUGAAGGUUAGAAUUGUUAAAUAUUAUAAUAUUAAUUGUAUCUCCUUUUUAUUUACUUACCAAGCCUUAAGUACAUUUCAUGACACUGUUAGACAUAAGAAUUUUAAAUUAUUGUUAAAAAUAUAAGAAACUUUUAAAUUUAAUAUUUGAGAUAUUUAAAGUACUUGAAGUAUGGAGUUACCUUUUAGCUACAUAUUUUGAGGUGAAUGAUACAAGCAAAUGUACAAAAUGUGUAUCCUUCAGAGCUACUUCAAAGAAAGACUGAGGAUCUUCACAGACAUUAAUGUUGAAUGCUGUUCAUAUUGCUCUCACUUGAUGGCAGUAGUGAUUGGCAAGAUCGAACAGAUGCAACAGGAAAAACAUAGACACUAUUUUAUUAUAUAUAUUUUUUUACUUUAGUUUUCUUUAUUUCAUUUUUUUUUCUUUUAGGCUUUUUUUUUAAGACAAAUUACCAUUAGCUACAACUGUGCUCAUGUGAAUACAGUUCAUGUGUUGUGUGUGUGUUUUUUUUUUU